AUGUUUCACACCUUCGAAGGCUUCGAGAAUCCCGGACUGUCCAAUCCGACCCGGGGACGCAACCAGCGUCAACCGUCCGUUGGCCGCCGAGUUACGACUCUUCGGGCUUGCACCUCUUGCCGGCAUCGCAAGAUCAAAUGUGACGGAGAAAAACCAUGUGAAGCAUGCAGAUGGUACAAGAAGGCCGAUCAGUGCCAGUAUUCAGACCCUCGGCCCUCUCGCAGACACGUGGAGAAACUGUCAACUACAUUGGACGAGUUCCGUGGGGUGCUGGAGAAGUUGUUUCCCGGAUUUCCAGCUGAAACCCUGGUGAAUUUACCACGCGAGACGCUGUUAGAUUUGGUGGGCAAGGGCCCGUCGCAUGUGCAGACGCAUCCGCCCCAUCCAGCCUCGCCGGCCACUUCUGCAUCAGCCGAGGCCCACACAUCCCCGGCGUCUAGUGAAGAUGGCAACCUCGAGUCCCUUCAGACAAUCCCUGAUCAUACAAGCCCUCUGCGCCCUUCGAAAAGCUCAGCUUUUCCGAGUGGUAUCUCGGACGAUGUCAAUGCAUUGUCCCUCUCGGCUCAGCAGCCAUCCUCAUACCUAGGUGUGUCUUCAAUACAUGCGGUGCUCAAGGUCAUCGUAUGGUUGGACCCUGGAUCUCUCACCCACCUUUCACGCACUCCUGCACCUGGUGGUCGUAGAGGGUCCAUUGACCUGUCUUCUUCUCCAGGGAGCCAGAACUGGCAGAUCCAUGGGAUGCAGCCGCCCCUCGCGACCCCAGAAUCCCGGCGGGCCUCAGAAUCCCAAUUGCUUGACGCAUACUUCACCUAUGUUCAGCCAUUUGUGCCAAUGUUAGAUGAGCAGACCUUCCGCGAGACCUACCAUAGCGGGAGGCGGACUGACGAACAAUGGUUGGCCCUCCUAAACAUUGUUCUUGCUUUGGGCAGCAUAGCGGCCAGUCCGGCACACGACACGUCGCAUCAGACUUACUUUUUGAAGUGUAAAGAGUACGUUAAUUUGGAGUGUCUGGGAUCUUCACACUUGGAAACCAUCCAGGCGCUUGGACUUAUGGGUGGCUAUUAUCUCCAUUAUACUAGCCAGCCCAACCUAGCCUAUGCGAUUAUGGGAGCCGCCUUGCGGAUGGCGGCAGCGUUGGGCCUGCACAAAGAGCUCUCCGAUAAUCAGAAUGGUGGAAAUAGAGAGAGACAGUCGUCCACAGAUCAAAAGCGCCGCGUGUGGUGGUCGUUGUUCUGUCUGGAUACAUGGGGAGGUAUGACUCUUGGGCGACCAAGCAUGGGCCGCCUGGGCCCGACUAUCACUGUCAAGCUGCCGCAUUAUCGCGAAAAGGGAAAUGUACUCGAUAUUUUACCACUAUUGGAGAAUGUGCGAUUCUGCAAAAUCGCAACCCAGAUCCAAGAGGGUCUAGCGGCGUCCCCACUAACCAAGUACCAUGAAAUGACCCAGCUGGAUAGCCAAUUGCUUGAAUGGUAUGACAAUCUGCCUUAUAUUCUCAAAGACCACGAGCCGUGUUCGGAAACCAUUGCCUUCACGAGGACGGUGAUGAAAUGGAGGUACUUGAAUCAGCGCAUGCUUCUAUACCGGCCUACUCUCCUCAGUUAUGCAAUGCGGCGGGUUCCGUACAUUGUCCUCCGGUCUGAAGAACGGAUGGCGAUUGAGCGAUGCAGAGAGAUCGCCGAGACGACGAUCCAUGACAUCGCUACCAGGGCUCAGGAACACCAGAUGUCGGGCUGGAAUGCGGUCUGGCUGAUUUUUCAAGCGGCAAUGGUUCCGCUCCUAGGACUCUUUCUAAGUGACAGCACUGUUGAUGAUCCUCGAGCGACCGUCGAGGCAUGCCAGGCGCAGGUGGAGACGACGAUGCUCGUUCUCGCGCGUCUGCAAUCAUGGAGUCCCACAGCCAAGUCCACAUUGGACGCUGUUCGACGGUUGUACGAAGCCAGCAAACGAAACUCGGCGUUGAUGAGUGCUUCGAGCAGCAUUGAUAACGGCAGCUGUUCGAAUAUGUGUGAGGAGGGUGUAUCAGGAGCCGCAGGGAGUCUGUUGUCGCAGGGUGAGUUCGGUCGGGGAGUCAUGGUGAGCCUCGAUAAUGGUUUCUUGGAUCCGUUCGAAGCGCCAUUCAUCGACGACUCGGCCGGGCAAUACUUAUGGGAUUUUCUGAGCUGGAGCGACAGCAACUUGCUGCAGGGAUUUACAGAUAUAGAUACUGGCAACCCUGGGAUUCUUGGCCCCGAAGGAAGACAUGUGAAGUACGGUGGAGACCCCAUUAUGCUGGGAGGACAGCUGAAUGACUCGACGUUCUUUGUGAGUCCUGCAGGACCAUUCUACUAG